AUGGAGAGAGCUCCCGUGACCGCAGCCACGGGGGCCUUGGGGCCCGUCGUAGCCAAGCUGGGUGCUCUGCUUGGCCGCGAGUACAAGCUUCGACGCCCGACGCGCAAGGACGUCAAGUUCAUCAAAUCCAAGCUCAAGUCUGUGCACUCCAUCCUUUGGGCGAUAUGGGACAAGGAGAUUCUUGAUUCGGAAUCCAAGGUCUUGAAGAAGGAAGCGCUGGAUGUUGCCGACGAUGUGCACGACGCCAUCGACGACUUCAUCCUCACCAUGGAGCCCAGCCGCAGAAACAAGCACUUGAUGGUGCAGAGCAAGAUCGAAGCCAGCUGCCCUUUCCAAGAUCUGAAGAAGAGGGUAGAUGACGUGUCGGGCCGGUGCCGCAGCAAGUGGAAGUGGGAGAAGAACAAGUCUGUUGAACCCUUCUCCAGCUUAUUUUCCAGAAGAAACUCCAAAUCCAGCCCUCCCAGCAAACCGCUUCCUCCUCGAGCUCCAUUUGUCCACAAGGAUGCGGCGGAGCUGGUUGGUAUGGACAUCUGGAGAGAUGAGCUCAUCACAUUCCUGGUAGGAGGAGGAGGAGGAGGAGAAGAAGAAGAAGAAGAAGAAGAAGAGACCACAACGGUGCCGCCGCAGCUAAAAAUGGCAUCCAUUGUUGGAAUGGCUGGUAUGGGGAAAACAACCCUUGCCCACCUUGUGUACGAGGAUGAGGAGAUUAAAAGUAAGUUCCAGUCACGGGCUUUUGUGUCCGUCACUCCAAAUCCCAACAUGAAGGAGGUCCUCACAAGUAUUCUCCAACAAGUAGGAGCUGAACCACUUGCUGGCACCCAAGCAAGGACACAGGAAGAUCUCAUCCACACCAUAUCCAAUUUCCUAGAGAACAAAAGGUACCUGGUAAUAAUUGAUGACAUAUGGCAUCGUGAAGAAUGGGACAUCAUCAGGAGGUCUUUUCCACAAAAUAAUCUUGGCAGUAGAAUCGUCAUCACAACUCGUAUUGCUUCUCUACCAGGAGAUGAUUUUGAUAAUAGCAAGCUCUACAUCGAAAUGAAUCCUAUAUGGAGUUCUCUUAAGAAAAGGUGGCUCUACGGAUUUUAUAGGAAAGAUGUCACUACUCAGAUGAAGCCUGACAUGGUUGGACAAGGUUUUGACGGUGACCAUCCUAUUGUGCGCAUGUGUGGUGGUGUGCCGUCAGCACUACUUUGCAUGUUUUCAGCAAUGGCAAUGGUCCGAGAGCAACAAGAACAACUAGGAGUACAUGUAAAGGCAUGUAAUGUGCAAGAUAUGAUUGAGAAGCAAGUUAAGAGAAAUGGAUUUCAGAACACACAAGGGUUUGAACCGUUGGUAGAGAGUUUGCAGCUUGGCUACGCCGAUCUUCCUCACCAUAUGUUGAAGACCUGCUUGUUGUACUGCAGUGUAUACCCUGAGAAUUACCCUUUUCACAUGAAUGAUUUGGUCAUGCGAUGGGUUGCUGAAGGAUUUACUUAUAAAGAGGAUAUAGCAAAAGGUUAUCUUGAAGAGCUUUGCAACAGAGGGUUGAUGCUGCGUCUAGAGGGUUUAUCGGACAUGCCCGACUACCAAAUGAACCCGAUGAUGCGAAAUUUCCUUAGAUGGAAAUCGCGUGAAGAUAAUUUCAUUACUUGCAGUUCCGGCAUCAGAUUGGCAUAUGCAUGUCGAGUCCAUCGGCUAUGCAUCGACGAUUAUCAAGUUGAUGAUGGUGAGGUGCAGGUGGUGGAUACCUUGUUGGAACUGGAUUGGUCCCAGAUUCGAUCACUUGUUGUUUUUGAAGGUGCUGAGAGAUGUGUCCCUUUUGAGAAGUUGGAACGUGUGCGAGUGUUGGAUCUUCAAUAUCAUCAUCAUUAUCUUAAAUUCGUACAGUCUCUUUGGAUAUCUGUUCUUUGGAUAUCUGCUCUGGAAUUCGAGGCCCUUGGAAAUCAGCAUGUGAAGGAUAUAUGUGGACUGCUCCGUGUGAGGCACCUAUUCGGCCUAGAAGGGACAGGAAUCAGUGAGAUACCGCCGGAAAUAGCAAGGCUACAGCAUCUGGAGACUUUGCAGGUAAGAUUCACAUCGAUCACAGAGUUGCCCAGUGAGAUUAGGGACCUACAACAAUUGAAGACUCUGGCCGUGAGUCCGAACCGAAAGCUGACAGAGCUGCCCAGGGAGAUAGGGGGUCUGCAACAAUUAGAGACUCUGGACCUGAACUGGACGAGGCUGACGGAGCUGCCACGUGAGAUCGGGAACCUCCAGAAUUUGGAGAAUCUGAACCUGCAGUGCACCAAGCUCAAAGAGCUGCCUCCGGAGAUUGGGAAGUUGCAGCAUUUGAAAGCACUGGUGGUGUGUGCAGCAGGCAUCACAAGGCUAGGCAAUGAAAUUGGGGACCUGCAGCCUUUAGAGACCUUGGACCUGAGUUUCAACGGAGGGCUCACACAGCUGCCUCGUGAGAUGUGGAAACUGCAGAAUUUGAAGCGGCUGCUCUUGAGUGGUACAGGGGUGACGAAGAUACCAAGGGAAAUCGAAGGGCUCAAGAAGCUGGAGAUUUUGAAAUUAGACAAUACCAUCAGUGCACUGCCUUGGGAAGCUAGUCAGCUCUUGAAAUUGGAGGGAGUGCCCGAGUGCGUCCGCCAAGCCUGGAAGAAGAGUGAUCUUGUGUCCGAGUUAGCCAGGGAGAUCCUGUCCGUUCAACUUAUUAAUUGGUUGAAUGAAAGUGGCGGGCUAAUCGUUGGCAGAAAACAUAUGGGAAUUCCAGGGUGGAUCAAGGAUCACUUCAAGGACCUUGGGUCCUUGGACAUCAGGAUGUGCAAACUGGAGGAGCAGGAUCUCAAGAUUCUGCGGGAGAUGCCCAACCUGAAAUUUCUCACGCUAAGGUUGGAAGUUGUCCCGAGAGAUCCCAUAGCCAUCAGCCGUGAAGGGUUCCCAUGCCUGAGGGAACUCGUUGUUGACAGCCGCAUGCCACGGGUUGUCACCUUCCAGGAAGGAGCGAUGCCGGAGCUGCAAAAGCUCGUCUUCGAGUUCCAGUUCUACGGUGGGCCACCUGCACCUGCAAAUAAAGACCCUCAGCUGGGUAUCAAGCACCUCCGAGACCUCUGGUGGGUCGAAUUUAGAUGCAGCAAGGAAUGGUACGGAGGAGCAGCAGAGAGCAGGAGCCCGUGCAUGAGCGCCAUGAUUGACGUCGUGAGGAAAGAAGCCCAGGAGCAUCCCAGAGACAUCUGCUUUCGUGUCUCUGGCCGCGAGGAUGAGGACUUUCCAGCGAACGAGGAGAGCGCACAGUCUUCCAGCAGUGGAACAAGCGAGAUCAAUGACACUCCAAAUGGUGGGAGGGGCGAGAUCCAGGAGGAGGAGGAAGAGACUUUUCCAGCGAACGAGAGCGGAAAGGUUUCCGGCAGUGGGACGGCCAGCGAGAUCGAGGAGGAGGAGAUCCACGAAGAGGAAGAAAGGUGA